AUGUCUGGGCGUUACGAGAGGGUAAAUGCCCACGAUGAUGAGGACCACGAGGAUGUUCCGCAGCGACGAGCCCAGGUCCCCAAUUCGCCGCCUCCGUCCUUCCAUUCCCGCGCCUCUUCGCCAACACGAAAUGGCCGAGUCAACAACGACCUCGCCGAUGCGUUUGAUGAUGACGAUGCGAGCGACGAUGAAACAGACGAUAGAGCGAGACUAGUCCGACAGGACUCUACACCAACCAUCAGAUCAACCAACGACUCUGCGCGACUCUCUGCACCGACAGCACCGACUUCCAUUCCGGCCACGUCGGAUGCGGCUUCAUCCGGUUCACGACCCCGAGUGAUGGGCGGCGGAUUUGGCUCCGAUGGCGUGUUUGCGAAUAUGUCAGCCCGGCCGGAGCGGACGGACGGCACUGCGGAGAAGGAGGAGCAACCACCUACUUACGAACAAGCCGCUGCUGACGCUGCUCCGCCAUACUGGGAAACAACGAUUCUUGCGCCCGGCUACGGUGGCGGCGAUGAAGUUUACGUCGACGGCAUGCCCGUUGGGUCUGUGUUUUCCUUCAUUUGGAACGGCAUGAUUUCUACCUCAUUCCAGCUCGUCGGCUUCCUGCUCACCUACCUUCUCCACUCCACCCACGCCGCCAAAAACGGAUCGCGAGCCGGCCUUGGCAUCACCCUUAUCCAAUAUGGCUUCUACAUGAAAGGAUCACCCGACGACCCGCCAAAGAUGACUGGUCCCGACGGAUACGCUGCGCCCCCAGAUCCCAACUCGCACGACUUCCAGGCCAGUGAUGUGACUGACGGCCCCGGCGGCAGUAUUUCUGGCAGUGACUGGAUGGCAUAUAUCCUGAUGGUCGUGGGCUGGUUCAUUCUCAUCAAGAGCGUGGCUCAAUUCAUGAGAGCCCGGCGACACGAACAACUCGUCCUGCAGAGCCCCGAGCGUGGACUCAACGUCCCCAUUAUUGCCGAGGGCGAGAGCGUGGAGCACGUGGUAUAGAAAUUUUUGGUUCUCCCGUUGUAGAUUUGAAUCUUUUGCAAUUGCCACUGCCUUGGAUCGUUUUUAAUUAGAGGCAAGUGGUCAUCGAUACCACUACGCUAGUCAGCGUUUUUCUUUUUCUUUUCAUGCUGUUUUUUCUUCUGUCUCUGUUUAUCUUGUUCUGUUUUCCCCGUCGGAUGGAUUUCAGGCGUUAUGGACGUAUGCAUUACUAGGUCCGAGGUAUAACGCGUAGCACGCUUCUCUUGUUUCCUAUGUCAAAGAAUGGAAUAACCAACCAUCUAUACCUAUUUUACUUGUCCUGGCUUAAA